AUGAAGCUAGACGGAGGGUCCUUAUCGGGCGGUCUGCCUCCACCACUCAGUGGUCACGUGGUCAUCAUUGGUGAAUCCCCCACGAACAUCCAAGGUUUAUUGUUUCAGAAAGUAUCUACGCAGCCGGCGUAUCUUCAAACUCCUCACUUCUGGAUUCUCACCCGUCGACGAGUGCAACGAACAUCAUCCGCCAACGACCGUCGAUACGCCGACAUCAAGAUGGUCAACCUUCGCACCCAGAAGCGCCUGGCCGCCUCCGUGGUGGGCUGCGGCAAGCGCAAGAUUUGGCUCGACCCCAAUGAGAUGAAUGAGAUCUCCAACGCCAACUCCCGUCAGACCAUCCGUAAGCUCGUCAGCGAUGGCCUCAUCAUCCGCAAGCCCGUUACCAUGCACUCCCGCGUCCGUGCCCGUGAGCUCAACGCCGCCCGCAGAAUCGGCAGAAACCGCGGUCUGGGUAAGCGUAAGGGUACCAAGGAGGCCCGUAUGCCCAGCCAGGUUCUCUGGAUGCGCCGCAUGCGUGUUCUCCGUCGCCUCCUCGUCCGCUACCGUGCUGCUGGCAAGAUCGACAAGCACCUUUACCACGAGCUCUACCACCUGAGCAAGGGUAACACCUUCAAGCACAAGCGCGCUCUCGUUGAGCACAUCCAAAAGGCCAAGGCUGAGCGUCACCGUGAGCGUGUCCUCAAGGAGGAGAUGGAUGCCAAGCGUGCCAAGAACAAGGCUCUCCGUGAGAGGCGUCAAGAGCGUCUCGAGGCCAAGCGCAACGCUUUGGUCGGCGAGGCCCAGGAGUAA